UUCCAAGAAACAACAGAGUAGAGAGAAUCUCCUCCUUCUUCAUCCUCCUGCAAAAAUCUGUAAUCGUAUCCCAUAAACCCUAAUUUACAGUAGAGAGAUGGGUGAAGAACAGGAUCCACAGAAGUUGAAGAGAAUCGCUGCGUCGGCUUACGAUUACGAGAAAGACUCGAGAUGGGCGGAUUACUGGUCCAACAUUCUUAUCCCUCCUCACAUGGCUUCUCGUCCCGAUGUUAUCGAUCAUUUCAAGCGCAAAUUUUACCAGCGUUUCAUCGACUCUGAUCUUGUUGUGGAACCAAUGGCCACAAACACUACCUCACAGUCAACUAGGUCAACACAACCCGCUUCAAACUCAAAUGAAGGUGUAAGGUCACGCAGCUCAGGAUCAACUACUAGAGCUUCAGAUCCGUCAUCAACAACCCAAGUUCCAAAUCCAUCUUCAUUACGCUGGGAUGGACAAACUAUUCAAUUUUCUGUCAAUGCUUGGGUUUUCAUUGUUGCUGUUCUGGCGACAGUUCCGGUUGUGCCUCUAUCAAUUUCAAAUCGGGCUUACAGGCUCUCUUUCAUGGGCACAGCAUGCUCUUCAAUCUACUCCUUGUACACUUUAUAUGGGAAACCCAGGGCGUGGAAUUUACAGGCUGUUCAAGUAUGGUUCCAAUCUGUGGUUGCCUCCAAGGAUUUUAUUUAUUCCAUUUAUUGUCUCACUUUUGUGACUUCUCAUCUUUGCCUCAAAUUUGCCUUGAUUCCCAUCAUAUGUCGAUCUCUUGAGCAUGUUGCUAAGUUUCUUAGAAGAAAUUUCAACCGCUCUUCGUUGUACAGGAAGUACUUGGAAGAGCCAUGUGUAUGGGUAGAAUCUAACACGACUACUCUUAGCAUUUUAGCUUCACAUGCUGAGAUAGGACUUGGAUUUCUUCUGAUAAUUUCUUUGCUCUCGUGGCAACGCAACAUAAUACAGACCUUUAUGUACUGGCAGCUGUUGAAGCUCAUGUAUCAGGCUCCAGUGACAGCUGGUUACCAUCAAAGUGUGUGGGCAAAGAUAGGGAGGAGUGUAAAUCCACUGAUUCAGCGUUAUGCCCCAUUCUUGAACUCUCCUCUUUCUGCUGUUCAGAAAUGGUGGUUUAGGUAAAGAAUCAAGAAGAAGAAUGCCAAUGCCAAUCACCACUACUGAUGGAUGCAAUGCUUUUUACGGUUUUAUGCUUUAGAAUAAUUAUUUUAUCUUAGUUCAUAACUGUUUUUUUCCUUGAACAAGCAAUAAUUUGUCUUAGCAUAUGGAGAAACCUCAUUUCUCGUCA